AACGCAGCAACCGGAGAGCCGGGACGCACGUUAUCACUGAUCGAUAAAUUAAUUACACAGUACAUUCUCGACCUGUUGGAAUCCUUAUCUCUCUUGCCCAAACACAUGGAGUGUACUCCCUCCUUCGUUCUUUGUUUACAAGUACCCACCCCUAUGACGUCAGCUCGUGGCAGAUGAUUGGGGUUACCGUCGUUGGCCAACGUUUGGUUCUGGAACUCCGUCAAACGUGAAAGGGAAGAGAAAUGGGGGAGGACGGACACAGCCUCCGAUUCAACAGAUCUGGUUCUGUCGGACCCUUUCCCGGAAAGUCCGAGCAGUGUCAGGGGUUCUCUCGCCAGCCAGGAAAUCAACUGUCAAAAUCGGUCAAAACAGCGCAAGUUCAAAUUUCAUCCUUCACUCUUCCACCUGCCGCUCGGGGAAAUCUGCAGCAGCGACGUAACGCGGAUGUAACUGCUCCUUCUUGGGUUUUCCCCGCAGCGCAGGAAAUCUCCCCUGCUUGGCGAGCAUUCGCUUCUCAUGGUCUAGAGCCCUCGUCCAGGGGAAAGCAAGGGGAUAGGGCUAUUGGACCCGACGAGAUGGCAGUCCAUCGAAUUCUGUCUGCCGCGCCCCUCUCACGGUUGGUGCUUGCUCCCCUCAUCCCUCUACCGCCGCUCAAUCUACACUCAUGUCUGCAAUAUGGCUUUGCAGAAAAGUUCCUGCCGGUCCGUCCCAACAAGUGUAGGCAGACAUGGGGUGGAAUGGCUGAACACCUGUGGCAAAACCAUGCCGAUAGUUCCAGCCUUAUUUUCAGAUCAUACCGUCCACUCCGUAUUGGCCACCGGGCCUUUGACGGUACUGGUAGAGAUGCAAACGUGGGGCCUAAACAAGCCCUGCCGUGGCGUAUCGUCCGCCGCGGUUCCUCCAGCAUGUUCAGCUGCCGUUGGGUUAUUGGGCUUCAUAUAAUUUUCGUCUCCAAGCGCGAGAGAGCAAGGGUGAUCGCUGCCGGAGGGGUUGUCGAUCUGAAUGGCAGUCCCAGCAGACGCGCAAGGCCGUGGUUUCGUAUGGCCGCCAAGGCCGGGGAUUGGUCUCUGGUACCGCGUCCGCUGCCCUCCUCGUCUCAGACCCAUAUCCGCCUGCAUAGGCGAGACGCGGCUAUCGUCCCCUUUUAGACCAGCUGCAUACACCGGUGAGCGGCUCCAAUUCGAAAGAACGCGGACCAGCCCGUCCCUUUUACACAAUCGGCCGCCAUCCCGGUCCUAGUCGGUGUGUUAAGU